AAUCAACCCUCGUGUGAGAUAGCGGCGUAUUGGUAUUUACCCCUGGGAGGGUUAUUCCAAGGUGAUUAGGUGGGCCAUAUUUGAGAUUGGAUUCAGGAUGGCAGCAAAUCAUUUUGAUCAUGGUGUGAGAAGGGAAAACACUGGUCCCAAUGGAGUUGGAUGAAGUAAGAGCUGGUACUCCACUAACAGUGAUGAAGAGACCAAGAUCUUGGGGGGACAGUGAGCUCCUGGGAAGCAACACAGAGGACUCAACAGAUAACAGUGAACAGGAUGAGGCCUCGUCCCUGAGGUCGUCUUGGUCCCUGGCGGACACCAUGAACUACGUGGGCCAGCUGGCAGGUCAGGUGCUGGUGACCGUCAAAGAACUGUACAAGGGCAUUAAUCAGGCCACAUUAUCGGGCUGCAUCGAUGUUGUGGUUGUCCGCCAGAGAGAUGGCACCUACCAGUGCUCACCAUUUCAUGUGCGCUUUGGCAAGCUGGGUGUGCUUCGCUCCAAAGAGAAAAUUAUUGACAUCGAAGUGAAUGGAGAGCCUGUUGACCUGCACAUGAAGCUUGGUGACAACGGAGAGGCCUUUUUUGUCCAGGAAUCCGAGCAGCAGAAUCAGAUUGUCCCUGCCCAUCUGGCCACCUCCCCAAUCCCCACUGAAAGUCACAUUUUCUGGAUCUCAGAGGUGGAGCACAGGGCACCAAAAGGUCUGGAGGAUGACCCAGCUGACCCAGAGGAUCCCCCUGAGCCUCCUGCUCCCAGCACCGUGACUACGAAAAAGAAGAAGAGACGGAGGAAGAAGCACAAAGGAGACCCCCGAAGAGAAGAGCUGACUCCGCCCAUGCCAGUCACUACUGGUAAUGCUAUUGCUGCUAACGCACCUGCUGCUACGACUGCUGCUAUGUCCAGCACUGGGCAAAAUGAAGAGAUCUUUGAGAUGGAGCUGAGCUCUGACGAGGAGGCUGCAGCACAUGUCUCUAGGUCACCUUCAGUGACUACAAUGCGGGACAUUGACCCAAAAUUACCUGCAGCCCGACACAACCUUGAUGGUUAUUCAAUGUCUGAUGGGGACUGGCCGGCAAAUGACAGUCACGGUUUGUCUCAGGCCUUUUCCCCAAAAAGUGACUCUGAACUGGUGGUCAGGCCUUCAGAGAGUCUGCUCAGAGCUGAGUCCCACAUGCAGUGGACCUGGGGAGAGUUUCCAGAAACAACCAGGAUCACCAAAAAAGAGAAGCCAGAACCACUGAAAACAGUGACCAUCACCCCAUCAGAGAGCACCCACUUCCGCGUCAUCCUCAGCUCUGAGGCCAUGGAGAACGAGACGGAGAUCGAAAAGGGAGGUGGUGCCUCCUCAAUGUGUACUAUUGUCAAGCCCGAGCCACGCACUCUUAUGACCACUGUAACACCGGUGACUCCUCUUGCAUCUGUUAGCACUGUAACCCCCGUGAGUCCUGUAACCCCCACAGAGCCCCUGGAUGUCCUGCCACCCAAUGUGGCAACCUCCACCCCUUCCAACAGCCAACAGAGCGAUUCACCCUCUAAGAAGAAAGGUGUCCCAAAGAGGAGUCAGCAUCAGGGUCCUGAGGAUAUCUACCUAGAUGACCUGAAUGUACUUGAACCUGAUGUUGCUGCACGAUAUUUUCCCAAGAGUGAGUCUGAGGCAGCCACCAAGCACUGGAUGGACUCAGAGAUGCGCUCUGGCUCACAGUCUCCUCAGUCGGUGGGGAGUGCUGCAGCUGACAGUGGGACAGAGUGUCUUUCUGACUCGGCCAGUGACCUCCCUGACGUCACCCUUUCUCUGUGUGGAGGCCUCACAGAAAAUGCUGAAAUAUCCAAAGAGAGAUUCAUGGAGCAUAUCAUCACCUAUCAUGAAUUUGCUGAAAAUCCAGCAAUUAUAGAUAACCCCAACCUGGUAGUAAAGAUAGGAAAUAGAUAUUAUAACUGGACAUUAGCUGCACCCUUGAUUCUAAGUCUACAAGCAUUUCAGAAAAAUUUACCAAAGGCUACAGAGGAAGCCUGGGUGAAAGAGAAAAUGCCAAAGAAGUCAGGCCGCUGGUGGUUCUGGCGAAAGAGAGCAGAUAGUACAAUCAAGCAGUCAGAGACAAAGCUUGAAACCAAGGAGGAGUCUCAUUUGGAGGAGGAAGGACCCUCCAUGUCUCAGGAGAAGCUGGUCUUACCGCCUAAAGCAGGAGAGUCAUCCAGUGAUGAAGAGGCCAAGGAGGUGAGCGCUGCAUCCUGUCAAGAGAGACUGCAGCCAGGAGAUGGUCAGCACCACCCGAGCUCACACACUUACAGGAAGUCACUACGCCUCUCUUCUGAUCAGAUAGCAAGUCUGAAACUGAAGGAGGGACCUAACGAUGUGACGUUCAGCAUCACCACCCAGUACCAGGGCACAUGCCGCUGCGAGGGCACCAUUUACCUGUGGAAUUGGGACGACAAAGUCAUUAUCUCCGACAUUGAUGGCACCAUCACCAAGUCAGAUGUGUUUGGACAGAUCCUGCCACAGUUGGGGAAGGAUUGGACCCACCAAGGCAUUGCCAAGCUCUACCACUCAGUAGCUGAGAAUGGCUACAAGUUCUUGUACUGCUCAGCUCGGGCUAUUGGCAUGGCUGACAUGACAAGAGGUUACCUGCAGUGGGUCAAUGAUGGAGGCACCAUCCUGCCCCGGGGACCUCUCAUGCUGUCUCCCAGCAGCCUCUUCUCUGCCUUCCACAGGGAGGUUAUCGAGAAGAAACCAGAGAUCUUCAAGAUUGAAUGCCUUACAGACAUCAAGAAUCUGUUCCAGCAUAACAAGCAGCCAUUCUAUGCCGCCUUUGGGAAUAGAACUAAUGAUGUGUUUGCCUAUAAGGAGGUAGGAGUUCCUGUGUGUAGGAUCUUCACAGUUAACCCCAAGGGAGAGCUGAUCCAGGAGCAGACCAAGGGCAACAAGUCAUCCUACGGCAGGCUUAGUGAGCUGGUGGAGCAUGUGUUCCCGCUGCUGAGCAAAGAGCAGAACGAGGCCUUUGUCAUGCCAGAGUACAGCUCUUUCUGUUACUGGAGACAGCCCAUACCAGACAUCAACCCGGAUGAACUGCUCUGAUCCAGCACAUAUGGAUACCCAGGUAUACAUAUACAUGUGACUUGACUGUGCACUUGAAUGCAUCUCCAGGAAAACACGUGGACUGGAACCCCAACUUCCCUCCAUAGUACUCAGACAUACACAACUCUACAAUGAGUGUGACACAGUAACAGGGUUAUGACCAUAAACACAAAAAAAGUUGGUUCACUGUAAGUACCCAUGAGAGAUAAGUGGAAGUUAUCUCCAGAACAGUAAAUCCUAAUGGAAAAAUUGCUGAAACAUCUCAUCCCUGGGAGACAAGAGACUAAUCACCAACUAAAUUAUCAUCUUUCCUCAUGCCUGUGAAGGCAUCCUGACCCAGCAGGCACUCCUCUUCAGUCCCCAUCACUGUACAGGGAAAGAGAUCGGAGAUGCAUCUCUUUUCUCUAUAACUUCUAGCAGAGAGGAAGAUCUGCUUUUACCAUCAGGGGAGCGACAGAAGCCCGACACGAGGCAGUAGCCCUUUGCACUAGAGCCUGGGCUGUGCAGAAGGAAGUUUUCUUGAAUUACUUUUUUAUUUUCACAUUUUCUGAACACCCUAAGGAAGUGAAAUGAAAUAUUCAAAGCGAAAAAGACACUGUUAAUUAAAACAGGAUAAGCAAUUAACACAGGGCACCAGAGAUAUUUUGCUAUGUUUGCCUAGAUGCGGGAUUCCAGCUUUUAUUUGGAGGCUUUAUUACGUUCUAAAAAAAAUAAGUAAAACAGUGAUAGUGGCUGGCAAAUAACAGGCUACACCAACAAUGAACCAUUCACACUCUUCAAUUUCCAGCAACCUACUGUAGAAAAGAACAAGAGAGCUACCGUAGGUGUUCAGCUUUGUUCCUCACACUCUGGACAGACUGUGGUUAUUGGCUCAGUGCUGGCGGCCGCUUUUUCCCUGGAGACCUGACAACUUUCGGAGGCAUGUUUGGUACUGUUAAUAUUCAAGGUUGUACCUGGGACAUACUUUUGGCAACAAGUAUGUGAAGAUGCACAGUUAGGUGUGACUUAAAAAAAACAACAAAAUGAAGCAGCUUCAUGAUUUAUUGUCUUGCUGUUAUUUUAAUGUUUAUUUUGUUAUUCAAGCUCUGGCGAAUCAAGUGUGUUUUGUUAACAAUGCAGUCAUUAUUUAUGAUAAUUGAUAUGUUUAAGUUAUUGAUUUCUAUUGUGAUGCCUUUGCUUGUCUGAAAAAGUCAUUUAUCACAGAUGCAAUGUGGAAAUACUUCAAAUUGGUAUUUUGUAUUGGUCACAGGUUAACAUGCACUUAACAGUAACUGCUCGGCCUUGUAUGAACUUUUUUUUGUAAGUCUUGUAGACCAUUUUCACCAUGACCUGUAUUCCUUGUUUUACAGUGAUGCUUUCAACAUGUAAUGCACAUACACAUUCCUGAGCAAACCUCAGAAUCCGCAGAUUUUGUAUUACAAUAUGUGUGUAAAUGUAAAGAUAGCGCUUGAGUUGGAACAGUGGAAAUAAGCAGAUCUAAAAAAGAGCUUAAAAUGAAGGAUUUCCGUUUGUGACGUGGCUUGUGGGAUGACUGCGGGAUGAUGCAAGUGUGUGCGUGUGUGCGCGUAUGUGUGUGUUUAUACCUAAUCACUGAGUACUGCUGCUGUUGGGGUGACAGGAUCAUGCACCCUUUGCUUAUGUUCCCCCAGUGGCUUUACCAAGACUUAUCCAACGCACUUUUGUCUAAGCUGCACCAAGAGACGCAGAUUUACAACUCAGCACACCUCUCACCCACAUGCACUUCUCUAAAGGUCUUUGUAGACAGUAGACCAGAGUAUGCAAUUACUGCAGGAUGAAGACUUGUAGUUUUACCUCUUAGUUGUGUGAGUGACCCUCUGACAUCACAGACAAAUCAGCUAUUCUGAAAUAUGUCAAUGUAAGUAACUGUUGAAAGGUGUUUGUUUAUUUGUUGGUUGCAAGGCAAAAUGUGGGACUUAAAAACAAAAUAAUGUUUUUUUGUGGUGCUGAACAGGUAGUAUCACAGUCACCUCUUAACCUCUGUGUGUGUGUGUGUGUGCAUGCGUGCGCAUGCGUGUGUGUGUGUGUGUGUGUGUGUGUGUGUGUGUGUGUGUAUGUAUGUUGGGGGGGCAAAGAAAUGACUGAUCUUAUACCUCUGGUGAAAAGAGGAAGAGCCAUUGGGUCUUGUUUUGGAAAAUAAACAGGAAAUACUUGACUGUGUACAGGAAGCUUUUUGAAGCGCUUCUCUGGCAUCAUGUGUUUAAGUUUUAGGAAAACAAUUGUGGGCAGAUGUGCCACUCCACAGACAUGGAUCAUACCUCCAGCACGAGUGUAACUGUAAGAUGAUGGGAUGUGCUAGCGAGGGCUAAAAAUCAUAAAGGAGCAGGAGCGAGACAUGACAGACAAAACCAUUUAAUGGAGGGAAAAAAAGAAAAAAAAAAAGAAAGCACAAUUGACGAUGAGCGCUACAUCCAGAUCGCCAUCCAGAUAUCAGUCGUCAUUAUUUGGCUGAAGUGUUUCUGCAUUCAUUCUGUAACACCGAUGUUUUUGUGAUAAUUAAGAUGCGUGUUUUGCGUUGAUACGUUUGCUUGUUCUCUAAGAAGUUUGGUGAAGUCAAAUAGAUAUAUCUUAUAAUUAACAAAAUGAAUUCCAUUCUUUCUAUGAAAGUAAAAGCAUCUUGUGUGGAAGAAUCACACUUCAUACUCUAUGAUCCUGGAAUACGUGGUAUAUAAUUAUGUUUGUUCUCAUUGCUCAACUGCUGUGGAAAAUUAUCCAGUAUAUGUACUGAUUCAAUUCACAUUCAGUCACAUUCUUCUGUCUUUGAUGCCUUUCUGUUUUAUUAUUUCUUCUUCAGUGUACGAUCUUUUUGUGGGACUGUUUGUUUGGUUCUGUUUGGAGGUAAUGCUUGUUGUUUCAUAGUGUCUGACCAACAGAAAUACUUUAAGUGUAUGCUGUGUUUGAUUUCUAUAGAAAUGUGGUUCAAAGUAUGUUAAAAAGAAGAAUAUCCAUUGUAAGAAGAAGAAAAAAAAAUACAGGCCUAAUAAAGCUAACAAAGUGUGGCUUGUGGUCCAAUUUGUAUUAAAUAAAGUUUCUAACUGAA